GCCUCCUUACCAUAUAUGGACCUGGCCAAUCAAACCGUGCGAAAUCCACUUCCCCAUAGCCGCACGCACCUCCCAGCCCCAUCAGAUCCCGUAGUCUCCUGGCGGGUCGACUUCCCGAUCAGGCUCUUUCUUUUCUCAAAACCCCGACGCCAUAGCGUGGACUCCUGUGCGCGUGGGGCAGCGAGCCCCUUGCCCGGCGACACCCUGGCGGAGCGGGAACCCAGCGACCCCGGGCCUGGGGCCCUGGGGACGGCCCACCGCCCACCGUCCGGGGAAGGGCCGCAGCCGAGUCCGGAUCCGAACAAGAGAGAAACUGCACGUUCCGCGGCCAGGGCCCGGCGCAACCCGCGGGUGUUCCGCUUCUCCCGGUGCCGCCAGCAGCCGACGCCCGCUGCCGAGCCGAGCAGCGCCACGAAGGCCGAGGACCUCCGGGAGGAGGUGACCUGCUCCAUCUGCCUGGACUACUUCGAGGACCCGGUGUGCACCGAGUGCAGCCACAACUUCUGCCGCGACUGCCUGCAGCGCAGCUGGGCGCACGGCGGCCCCUUCUCCUGCCCCGAGUGCCGGCAGCUGUCGGAGCCGGGCGCGCUGCGGCCCAACCGCGCCCUGGCCAGGCUGACGGAGAAGACGCGGCGGCUGCGCCUGGACCCCGCGCCCCGGGACCUGUGCGGCCGCCACGGGGAGCCGCUGCGGCUCUUCUGCGAGGACGACCAGCGGCCAGUGUGCGUGGUGUGCCGGGAGUCGCUGGAGCACCAGGGGCACGCCAUGGCGCCCCUCGACGAGGCCCUGCAGAGCUACCGGGAGAAACUCCUGAAGUGUCAUGUUAAUCUAGUGACCAAGAUGAAGAAAGCUUUGCAAUUAAAAAGCCUGGCGGAGAAGAACACUGCUGAUUGCCAGGAGACCAUGAAGAAUCAGCGAAGGACGUUGAGCGCCGAGUUUGCAAAGCUGCACCAGUUUCUGGCUGAAGAAGAGCAACUGUAUCUUCAGAAACUGACCAAAGAAGAAGAAGAGACCAAGAAGAAACUGAAGGAGAACAAGUUAAACCUCGAGCACAAGAUCAGCUCCUUGAAGAAGCUCAUCUCCGAGCUGGGAGAGAAGAGGCAGAGCUCCACCCUGGAGCUGCUCCAGAAUCCCAAAGAUGUGCUGACCAGGAGUGAGGAGCAGGAUGUGGAGCCUGCCCUUGACAUGCUGACGGUGAAGACCAUGUGCCAGAUCCCAGUGAUGAAGGAGAUGCUGAAGCGGUUCCAAGUGGCUGUAACCUUCGCGGAAGGCACAGCUCAUCCGGAACUUUCCUUCUCUCGGGAAGGGAGAUAUGCAAAAAACAGGCAGUCAUCCAAGCCUUGGCCACUCAUUUUCACACCAUGGGGCUACUUUAGUGAAUGGCGAGAGCCUCAGAGGAACACACACUUUGUGGAGAGAUUUCAACACCUUCCUUGUGUUAUGGGAAAAAACGUUUUCACCUCAGGAAAAUAUUACUGGGAAGUUGAGAGCCAAGAUAGCCUGGACACCGCUGUCGGGGUGUGUCAGGAGGACGCCACGUGGAUCUCUGACAGUUUAAAAAUGUGUCCCUGCGUGGGAAUCUGGGCCCUUCGUUGGAGCGCAUGUGGAUAUUGUCCCCUAACAGGCUCCCCUGAAACUCCGACCAAGCAAGAGCCACCUCUGCGGCGGGUGGGCAUUUUCCUGGACUACGAGGCUGGGGAUGUCUCAUUCUACAAUGCGGCGGAUGGAACGCACCUGCACACUUUUUCUUGUCAGUUCAUUUCAUGCAUCCGGCCCUUUUUUUGGUUAAGUCCAUUGGCGGCUUUAGUCAUCCCACCAGUGACUGACAGGAAAUGAGGCAGCUCUGCCCCUGCCCAAGAACCCCUCCCUGUACCCCAGCCUGGGGAUGCACACAUCUGUGGCUCUCUUCUUCAUGUCACACGUACGAAUCCUUUCAGAUUCAGGUGUCAUGUUUUGCCCGCUCCCUGGAUGUCCCGUGCACAGACAGGCGUGGCACCCCGCUGUAUGCCUUCCCAGUGGCUGUGCACCCUCUGUCAUGGGUUUGUCUCUUUACACUUCAAACCUGUGAUCACACUUAGAAAAGGCCUGAGCCUCUCCAGAUCAUGGUUCAGUAGAUUUGGGCUUCAAGCAUCCUCCCACUCAAGAUAAGAAAGAGUGUAGGACGGGCAAUGAUUUAAAAAGCACUCAAGACAAGAAUUCAAGUUCUGUAUAUAUUUACUAAAGGGGCACCUAAGAUAAAACAAAGGUUUACAAAGUAAUAAUGAAUGGAUGUAUUACCAAGCCUGGGAACUCCAGCCCCUCAGAGUCGCAGCUGAAUGUGAGAUAAGAGUUCCUUCCAGCCUAAAUCACGGGAUAUCUAGAACCUUUGACUAAGACUUUAACCUCAAGCAGGGGAGUCAUACUCUAUUUUUAUGCUUAAUCUGUUGAAUUUAAGCUCACCCUUUAUCAAAAUCAAAGAAUGUAUAUUCAGCAUUAUCAGAGAUGUAAACUUAACCUUGAAUGUCUGUGAUACUUUACUGAAAGUACUUCUAUGACUUUUGUAAGAGCAAUGUAAUAUACCUUUUACUUAUAUUAAAAGUAAAAAUUAAAACUAUAA